AAAAUUUAGAGUAAACUUUCUAAGAAAUUUUAUUUUUUACUGCGUUAUAUGUUAUACAUAUAUCUUAUGCGUAAAUCUAAAAUCUGCCAUCUUGCGCAAUUACUUUCAGCUUUCAAUAUAAUAUAUUAUUAAUAAAGGGUGCGAUUUAUUUAAUUACGAUCAAUGUUAAUUAAAGGACUAACGCGAAAUUUGAAUACUACAACAAAUAAAGAACAAAUUUCAAAGAAAGUUUAUAUUAAUACAUAUAUCUACGGAUAUGAAUGCAGAAGAGAUGAGACAAGUGUAUGACACGCAAAAAAAAUAUCAAUACAUAAUACAAGAUUAAUAGAAAUUAAGUACUAUGGUAACAGACUUUUGAUGACUUUAAAUUAAUCAACAACGCAUAGUUUAUUAUUAUGAGUGUUUAGAUCAAAAUUUAUAUUAAUUUAUGAAAAAGUGCGAGUGUUAUCAGAGAUUUUUCCUAACAAAUAAAUCAAUGACAAAUACAAAUAUAUAUAAUAUUUAAAUGCUUUCUUAUCAUUACAUUAUUUGCGAGUAACGUAUCUGGAGCGUCAAUCAUAUUUCGUAUGUAUUCAAGCAUAGCAUUAUCACUUAUAGUAUGCAUUUAUGAUACAUGAAAUUAUUUUUUGUUUCUACUAUGCGUUAUACGUUAAACAUGUAUCUUGAGCACAAAUGUAAAAUCGCCAGUCUGUAAUCGUGUGCAAUUACGUACAGCUGGCAAUACGAUAUAAUAUUGAAAAAGAGCAAUUUAAUUAAUUACAAUCAACGUUAAAUAACGAAUUAAAUUGAAAUUUAAAUACUAAAAAUAAAUUUAUAUUAUACAUACAUCUACAAAUAUAUAUAUAUAUAUAUGUAGAAAAGAUCGUCUAAGCGCUGACAAUUGCACGACACGGAAGAAAAAAAAUUAUUACAGAAUACAAGAUUAAAGGAAAACUGAAAGUUAUAAAAAAUUACGGAAAAAUGCGAGUAUUACCACUGAUUUUCCUUUGGUUGUCAUAUCUGUCAUUUUGCAAUGGAUAUCGUUUGCUUGCACUGUUUCCCUUACAAGUAAAGAGUCAUUUCGUUAUGUUCGAGCCUCUGAUGAAAGGCCUGGUCAGAAAGGGCCAUCAAAUCGACGUGGUCACAAGUUUUCCAUUGAAAAAGCCUUAUCCAAAUUACACUGAUAUUGUGACAGUGCCAAUAACUCUGAAGUUGGUAAAUAAUAUGAGCUAUGAAAUGAUGAAUAAUCUUAUCAGUGAAAACCAGACGCACGUUGUUGGAACGAUAGGAGGAAACGAUCUUUGCAAACUCUUAGCAGAUUCGAAAAUAAAAGAGCUGGCGCAACCGAAGAAUCCGCCUUACGACGCAGUGCUAAUGGAGGUUUUUGGCGCGCAAUGUCUCGGAAUCAUCGCCUAUUUAUUGAAAGUUCCCUUGAUCGGGGUGAGCACUACGUCGCUGUACCCAUGGCUACAUCAAAUGGUUGGUCAACCUGAGAACCUGGCCUUUGUGCCAAACAACAUGUUAACUUUCACCGCCCCUAUGAAUUUCUGGCAACGUCUGUAUAAUGUCUUACGCACGCUUUACGACAAGUGGUUAUUCCAUUACAUGACGACACGGGAGCAAACCAGGUUGAUAAGGGAGAACUUCGGACCGGACAUGCCGGGCGUACGGGAAUUAGAGAGAAAGGUGUCGCUGAUCCUCAUUAACUCUCACAUCACGCUAAAUGGGAUACACCCGACGACACCUGCCGUGGUGGACGUGGGAGGCCUCCACGUCUAUACUGAAAGUGAAACGUUGCAACCUGAAUUAAAGAAAUGGAUGGACGACAGCAAAGAUGGUUUUAUAUAUUUCACUUUUGGCUCGAUGGUGAUGAUUGAAACGUUUCCACGCGAGUUCCUGAAGAUCCUUUACGCUUCCUUAGGCAAAAUAGCACCUGUGCGGAUUUUAAUGAAAAUACCAGCUCCAGAGAAACUGCCACCCGGUUUGCCGGAAAAUAUUCACGUGUCUCCUUGGAUGCCGCAGCUUAAGAUAUUAAAACAUCCAAAUAUAAGAGCCUUUAUCACUCAUGGCGGACUAAUGGGCACCCAAGAAGCGGUAUCAUGCGGUGUUCCCAUGAUCGGUCUACCACUUUUCGCCGAUCAAUUUACGAAUAUCAACGCAUACGUUGCCAGAAACAUUGCCAUACGACUGGAUGUUAAAACACUUACCGAAAAAAGCAUGGAUGCAGCCUUAAACGCGAUAUUACAAGACCCUCUGUACAGGGAAAGUGCGCGGAAUCUUUCCCAACGAUUCCUCGAUCGGCCACUGGAUGCUAUCGACACAGCUAAUUAUUGGAUCGAAUACGUCAUCCGGUACGGCGAAAAUUCUUUGCGAUCGCCCGCUAUGGAUAUGACCUGGUGGCAAUUAUCUCUCAUCGAUGUGAUCGGGUUUCUUCUACUUUGCGCAACAAUCGUUAUCGCUAUAAUAGUGUUCAUUGUGCAAUUCAUAUUAAAAUUGAGGCACAAAGAUACUAAUACAUUACAUUCAAAAAAGUUUAAAGCAAAUUAAUCAUUAAUUAACGAUAAACAAUGCUGUACAUUUUGCUUUAUGUUUAUAUCUCUGUACACAAAUAUAUCGAAGAAAAUAUAAUUAUAUAACUUUCUUAGUAAAAGUAUUGAGAGACAUAAAUAAAAGAGAUUCGUGUUUUUCUAAAUGUAUGUAUCGCGCUUUGAUAUUUUUCAACAAAUAUUUAUUAAAUGUAAUAUAAUUUUUCGACGGAUUUCUUGGUAGCUUAAUUUUAUUCGUAGAAAAGCAUAUAUCGUUUAUACGCCAUAUUCAUUAUAUACAGACACUUUUAUUUUUUUUUUCACAAAAUGAAGAACAAGACGAGCAUUAUAUGGAUGAUCAAAAUACACAUAUCAUUAAACAAUUACAUUGUAUCUAGUAGAAAAAUUAAAUUUACAUAAACUUUUUUUGGACGUGUCAAUUUAAUAUAUAGGUACAUAUAAAUAUCCAUAUAUAAAAUUCAAGAAGUUUAAGUAAGUAACACAGAAACUACAACCUCGUAGUUUCUCCUGCAUUGUAAUAUGAACAAUUAAUUGUAACUCAAUGCUAAAAUGUAAUGGUAGAAUGUUGACUUUCAGUAUACUCAAACAGAUAAGUAGAUGUACACAAUAAAAAAUACAUUGUUGGUCCAAAGUUUAGUAAAAAAUCAA